AUGAAGCGAAGAGUUUUUAAAAUCCCAGAUGCAGAGCUUCUCUGCCUCAAAAGAUUAUCCCCUCCCUCUUCACCAACCCCUAGAACCCUCACCACUUCUCCUUCCUUCUGCCACCGCACCAAAUCCCCCUUUUACAGAUUUGUCCACUCUUCACCCCCCGCCGCCACCUCCUCCAACCACCUCUUUUCCGACGUGGUCAAACUUUUUCUACAACAGUUCACUCGCCAGGACAAAAUUAAUAUUAAUAGCAACAUCAAAUCAAAGGAGAAGCAGAAUCUGAUCGACACGGUUUCUUGUUUGAAAGACAAAUUGCUUCAAAAUGAUGACAGCGUUUUUGAGAUUUUGGAGUCGAUAAAAAAUGAUGACAACUCCUUGUUUAACGAUGGAUCUGCUUUUCUUGAGCUUUUGAAGCUCUUGGUUCCUUCUUCCCGUAAAUUAGCCCUAGAGGUUUUUAAUUGGAGAAGAAAGCAAGCUGAGAACUAUACUCCUAUGUCAGGAGAGGAGUAUGCCAAGGGUAUUAUGAUUGCAGGUAGAAAUAAGAAUGUGGAUCUUGCUGUUGAGUUAUUUGAUGAGGCUAAAAACAAGCGCAUUAAGACGACCAGCAUGUAUAAUGCGCUGAUGACUGCUUAUAUGUAUAAUGGUCUUGCUGGUAACAGUAAAUCAUUGUUUCAGGACUUGAAAAGGGACGUAAACUGUAGGCCUUCAGUUGUAUCUUAUAACAUUCUUCUAUCAGUUUUUGGCCGAUUGAUGCUAGUUGACCACAUGGAGGCAGCGUUGAAGGAGAUGGAGGGUUCACGUAUUUUGCCAAACUCAACAACAUACAAUAAUUUAAUUGCUGGUUAUGUGACUGCUUGGAUGUGGGAUAGUAUGGAAAAAACUUUUCAAAUGAUGAAUGCAGGUCCAGUUAAGCCAGAUCUUAACACGCACUUGCUAAUGCUGCGAGGCUACGCACAUUCUGGGAAUGUGGAACGGAUGGAACUCACAUAUGAAUUAAUAAAAGACCACAUUAGUGCUAGGGAGCUCACAUUGAUUAGGGCAAUGAUAUGUGCCUAUUGUAAGAGUUCUAAACCAGACAGAGUUCAAAAGAUUGAGACACUAAUGAGGCUGAUUCCAGAAAAUGAAUAUAGACCUUGGUUGAAUGUGUUGUUGAUUAGGGUUUAUGCUGAAGAAGAUAGGCUAGAGCGGAUGGAGAACUCAAUAAAUGAGGCUUUUGAGCAUAGAACCACUAUAUCAACUGUUGGGGUGAUGCGAACUAUUGUUGCAUGUUAUUUCAGAUGCAAUGCACUCGACAGACUGACAGAUUUCAUAAACCGUGCAAAAUAUGCGCGGUGGAGAAUAAUGCGGUCUCUAUAUCACUGUAAAAUGGUAAUGUAUGGAUCACAAAACCGCUUGGGUGAAAUGGAAAGUGUUCUUAUUGAGAUGGAGAAUUGCAAGUUUGCCCGCACAAAAAAGACAUUUUGGAUAUUGUAUAAAGCCUACUGGAAUUGUGGUCAGUGGCAUAAGGCUGAGCAAGUAGCAGGAUUGAUGUGCAAGCACGGGCAUGGGAUUCCUUUAGAUGCAUAUCCAUCAUAA